UGUAAUAUCAUCCAUGCUUCAAAAGGAAACAUGGAAAUUCACAUCUAACCAAAUCAGUAAUUAAUGAUUGAAUCUAAUCAAAUCACCUAAUUAAGGGUUCAUACAGAAAUAUUCAAGAAAUGAUUCUUCAUCCCUACAUUUUGCUCUCUGUUCUUCUUGCACUCAUUACUCGGCCAUGCUUCUCUUCCAAGUUGUAUGUGGUGUACAUGGGCAACAAAGGCAUUGAUGAUAGCCCAGAUGAUAUUUUGAGUCAAAACCACCAAAUUCUCACUACUCUUCAUGGAGGAAGUGUGGAGCUAGCAAAAUCUUGUCAUGUGUAUAGCUACAAACAUGGCUUUAGAGGCUUCGCUGCCGAGUUGACUCGACAACAAGCUUCUCAAGUGGCCGAAAUGGCGGGAGUUGUGUCGGUUUUCCCCAACAAUAAAAGAAGGCUUCACACUACUCAUUCUUGGGAUUUCAUGGGCCUCGCCUACGGUCAAACAAUGGAAUCAAUCCCGGUGGAAUAUUUCAAUUCGACCAACAACCAAGCCGAUGUCAUUAUUGGUUUUAUCGAUACAGGAAUUUGGCCCGAGUCGCCGAGUUUUGGUGAUGCAAACAUGCCCCCCGUGCCAGCUGGAUGGAAGGGACAAUGCCAACCCGGUGAAGCAUUUAAUUCUUCAACAUGCAAUAGGAAAGUGAUUGGUGCAAGAUACUACCUAAACGGCUUCGAAGCCGAAGAAGAAUUAGAAAAUAAUAGCGUGUCAUUUAAAUCGGCGAGGGACAGUGUAGGUCACGGGUCCCACACAGCCUCAACUGCCGCCGGUAGAUUCGUAAAUAACGUAAACUACAAAGGGUUGGGUAACGGUAAAGCUAGGGGGGCCGCCCCCAUGGCUAGGAUUGCGGUGUAUAAAGCGUGCUGGAAAACCGCUUGCUACGAUGCUGACAUAUUAGCUGCGUUCGAUGAUGCAAUCGGUGACGGGGUCCACAUUCUGUCGCUUUCUUUGGGUGCGGAUUCGCCCGAUGUGGAUUAUUACAAUAACGCCAUUUCCGUGGGGUCUUUCCAUGCCGUUAGCCAUGGGAUAUCGGUUGUUGCUUCGGUUGGAAACGAUGGUAGUAUGGGGUCCGCGUCGAAUCUUGCUCCUUGGAUGAUUACCGUGGGGGCUAGUUCGACCGAUAGGGAUUUUUUAUCGGAUGUUAUUCUUGGAAACGGAGCUCGCUUUUCGGGUGAAAGUUUGAGUGUGAUGAAAAUGAAUGCAUCAGCUCAAACGAUUUCAGCCUCCGAAGCUAACGGAGGAAACUUUACUCCUGACCAAUCCAGGUACUGUUUGGAGAGUUCUUUAGAUACGACGAAGGCAAAAGAUAAAGUUCUUGUUUGCCUUAAUAAUGACCCAACCGAGUCGAAACUCGCCAAAGGUGUUGCAGUCAAAGAAGCUGGUGGAGUUGGAAUGAUUAUUAUAGACGAACUACGCACAGAUUUAGCCAUCCCUUUUCCAAUCCCGACGUCAGUUGUCGGAAAAAGAAUAGGCGACGAGAUUCUAUCCUACCUAAAUAAUAAUACUACAAGCAACCACACGUCGAAAAUUAUGUCUGCGAAGACAGUUUUAGGAUCUCGGGUCGCUCCUCGAGUCCAACCAUUUUCUUCAAAGGGUCCCAAUGCGUUAACUCCCGGAAUUCUUAAGCCCGAUGUACUAGCGCCCGGACUGAAUAUCCUAGCUGCAUGGUCUCCAACGAAGGAGAAUAUCGAUUACAACGUAGUCUCCGGAACUUCGAUGGCGUGUCCGCAUGUAACGGGAACUGUAGCAUUGAUUAAAUCCAUGCAUCCAUCUUGGUCUCCUUCUGCCAUCAAAUCUGCUAUUAUGACUACCGCAACUACUUUGGACAAGAACAAGAAAGCUAUUACAGCGGGUCCCGAUGGACGAAAAGCGAACCCAUUCGAUUUCGGCUCUGGCUUUGUGAACCCUACACAAGCCCUCGAUCCUGGUCUAAUAUACGAAGCAACAACCAAUGAUUACAAAGAUUUUCUUUGUUCAAUUGGUUAUAGCAAUAUAACACUUCAAAUGAUAACGGGAGACAAGAGCACUUGUAAUAAUCGAACAUUUAAGACACCAUCCGAUCUUAACUAUCCAUCAAUUACGGUUCCGAAUCUGAAGAAGUCGUUUUCAGUAUCGCGAAUUUUGACCAAUGUUGGGGUGGCAGAGAUUGUGUAUGAAGCAGUUGUUGUACCUCCAAUAGGUAUUAAAGUUAGUGUUGUACCUCUAAGAUUAGUGUUUAAUAGGGUUGGACAAAACAUCAAAUUUACCGUAAAAUUUGAUGUAAUUGCUCCUUCGAAAGAUUACGUUUUCGGGUCGUUGUCGUGGAGGAAUAAAGGAUAUUCCUUGACCACCCCGUUGGUUGUUCGGACCGGAAAUUCUAAGUCCGGUAGUUACAUGGUGUAAUACAAGUUGUAGUGAUUGUGACAUUAAUAAGCAAGAAGUAUUUACAAAUUAAAGUAUUAUUGAUUAAAAUAAAAUAGCCGGAGUUACAAAGUCUGUUU